ACUGCGUCAAAUUCUUUGCUUUGAAUUGUCCGAGGAGGUUUGUGCUGGAACUACACAAUUUCUUCUGGUGAUGCUUUAUUUUGGAUUAUCAUUUCUAAGACGUUGUUCGAAAAUGUGACAAUCCAAUGUUCAAUAGUUGAAAUGGAUUUAAUAUUAAUCAUUAUGUUGCAACAUGGACCAUGUCUUUUGAUACGAUAUGGAGAGCAUUACAAGAAGAACUCUGAAAUGGACUUCACCUGGAUAGAGGAAGCCUGGAAGAUGAAAGGGCACUUGGAGACCAUCAAGACAGGGAUGAAGGAAAAAGGAUAUGUCUGGAUCAACAUUUAAACCAGAAUUGCAAAUGAUAGAAGCAGAUAGAAAGACUUUGUUUCCACUUCAUGGGUAGAAAUUUUUCUUGUGAAGAGAAAAUGAUGUGGAAGAGGAUACAAUGCUUUGCUAAACUAAAUGGAUAUCACAUAUAUUUAUGGGAAAGACAGUCUUCUUUGAGUCUUCCUAUUUCAUUAUCCAGAAAAUAUUCUGUUAAAACCAGCUGUGAUGUGGACACAUUGACUGUAUUGGGCAACUCAUAUAACACUGAUAAAAUUACAAAUGUUACUCCAAAGAUUUUGGAAAAGAUGGGAAAAAACUUGCACUGUAAACAUAACCAUCCUCUGAAUUUGAUAACUCGAAGAAUAGAAAAUUAUUUCAACAACAACUACAGGAAUAACUGGCGAGCUCCAAUGUUUAGCAAGUUUGAUCGAAUAAGUCCAGUAGUGACCUUGACACAGAAUUUUGACAGUUUACUGGUCCCCUCAGAUCACCCCAGCAGAGCUUUAUCAGAAAGCUACUACCUGAAUUCUGAAUACAUGCUGAGGGCACACACUUCAGCUCAUCAGAGUGACCUAAUUAAACAGGGACUGGACGCCUUUCUGGUUCUGGGUGACGUGUAUCGCAGAGACACUGUUGAUGCCAGUCACUAUCCUGUGUUUCACCAGAUGGAAGGAGUCCGGCUUUUUUCAAAACAAGAACUUUUCAGUCAUUUAGGAGAUACUUCAAGGGUGACAUUUUUUGAAAAUGGAUCAAGAGAUGCAACAAAACAAGAAAGGCACACUAUUGAGACAUCUCUGUGCUUAGAAGAGAAUCUGAAGAAUACAUUGAGGAAUCUAGCAAACAAUCUAUUUGGAGAUGAUGUGGAGAUGCAGUGGGUGGAUGCCUACUUCCCGUUCACUCAUCCGUCAUGGGAGUUGGAGAUCAAGUACCAAGGAGAAUGGUUGGAAGUGCUUGGGUGUGGAAUUGUAGAACAAGAAAUUCUCUCAUCAGCUGGAGCUGAUAGUCGAGUGGGCUGGGCCUUUGGACUGGGCCUGGAAAGACUAGCCAUGAGGCUUUAUAGUAUACCAGAUAUCAGACUAUUCUGGAGUGAAGAUUCCAGAUUUCUUGACCAAUUUAAUGUAGAGGACCCAAACACAAAGAUCACAUACAAGCCGUUCAGUAAGCAGUCCCCUGUUAUCAAUGAUGUCUCGUUUUGGGUGCCAGAUGACUUUUCUGAAAAUGAUUUUUAUGACAUUGUGCGGAAUAUCGGUGGUGACAUUGUGGAAAAUGUAGAACUGUUUGACGACUUUGUCCAUCCUAAAACAAAGCGGAAAAGCAAGGCCUAUCGUAUAACCUAUCGUCACAUGGAAAGAAGUCUGACAAAGAGUGAAGCCAACGAGAUUCACAGUGGCAUUGUGGCAGCAGGUGUCCAACAACUCGGAAUACAAGAGCGAUAAACUGGCCAAACACAAAUGUUUUUUAUAUAUUAGAUACUAAACUAUGUUGAAAAGUGAAUUUAUAUAAACAUAUUUUAAAAAAUGAUAUGUAUUUGUUCUUUAAGCAAUUGUUUGUUUAUUUGAUAAAAAUGUAGUUUUUUCUAACCCUUUGGCUAUGACGAUAAAAGACUAAGUCAUG